CCGCCGCCUAUUUGGCCUCCGCGGCCGGCUCCAUGACUGGCAGGUUGUCGUCGCACGUCGGCAUGCUCCCGACGCUGGCCUGUCAGCCCGGCGGCUUGCCAGCGGUAGCACCACCGGGCCAUCAUCAUCCGGAGCAGCAUCCGCAGUUGGGUCACGUAGCCGCCGCCGCCGCCGCCGCCGCCGCUGCCGCCGCCUCGAUGGGCAUGGAGUCCUCGGAACUAAUGGCGGUAGCCCAUUAUCAGGCGCAACAGCUGCAACGACAGUUGUUGGCCGAGCAAUCAGGUCCGGGCACCACAAUGCUGCCGCCUACGUCUGCUCAGUCUACUGGUGGAGGCUUGAUGCAGCCGCAGGGACUCCAAGGGCAGCAGCAGCAACAGCAGCAGCAGCAGCAGCCGGGCCAACUUCAGCCGGGUCAGGACCCGCUACAAAGCUUGGUGCAGCAACUGCUCUGCCUACAACAGAUAGAGUACUUCCUCGCGCAGCGCGGUCACAAAUGAUUUCAUUUUAGCAGAACGUAAUUAGGGAUCAUUUCGCGCGGGAAAACGAGAGGCUCGGACCAGAAAACGACGUUUCGAACUCUCGAUGAAGUGAGUGGGAAACGUGGUUUGUGCUGGCGCAAAAGUGCUCCGAUUUGAUAGGUAAAUCUUGCGCCAAAUCAUGACCCCUGACGCCCCGUUGUUGAUGCUGCGAUGCUAUCGAGGAUAAAGACGAGGACGGACAAUAACGCGGCGGUAUCUGAUCGAGUUUCUAUGAUUUUUCUAAUUCUCGAACGGAGGGGAGGUAGCGCGGUGUCUCCAGCUCCAGCACGACGACAUGGGAAGAUGCUGAGAAACUGGAUGGCGAUGGCGGCAGAUAGAAGAAAGCAAGAACGACAGUCGCAUUCGUUUAUUGCGCAAAUCGUUAUAUCGCUUCGGGGCACCGUGCGGACGGACGGCGAUCUCCAGGAUAGAGGAGAUCAAGUGUUUUAGCGUGUGAUAAAAAAAACUUUAUGUCAAAAAUUAUAUUAAAUAUGGAAGGUGGAACGAUGUAACUGGGGAACUGAAGAAUAUCGCUUGCGGAUGAAGAAAACGAAGCGAAAAAAAGGAAUGUUAACGCCACGUCGCGCGUCAGAGACGAUUAUUCGCUCUGGUGCGAUCUGUGAAUGAAUCUCUAUCCGUCAACAGUAUUGAUAUAAUUAAUAGAGUAAAUGAAUAUAUAUAUAAAAUAUUGUAAGAACUAUAUCGUAAGUACGUAUUUGUGCAAACGUCAGUGUGCAAGUUAGGCAGAAUGCAUAGUGUGACAGUAAGUCCAGGGUAUAUGGAAGAGAGAACGAGAGAGAAAGAGAAAUAUGAAUGCGAGAGGGUAUGAGUGAGUAAAACGGAGACAGAGAAAGAGAAUGAGGAGGAAAAAGCGAUAGAGAGUCACCUUCGACUCGAAGAUUUUAAGCGCGGGGACCGACCGAACGCCAAUGCGCAGCCUCGUUGAUUGUCCCGAGGGCUCGUUGUAGAAUUUUAUCCUUUAUUACUACUAUAUAUAAUAAUAAUUAUUUGACGAACCACGGAAAACGUAAGAAUAUUUUGCACUAAAUAUGUAAGAGAGACUUCGUUCCAAAGGUUCAAACCACGGUUGGUAUAUAUAACAUAAGUGUAAAGCUUUCUCUCAAAACCGAGACGAGACGCAGAAUCGAUUCCCACGGUGCAGAAAAGAAAAAAAAUGAAAAAGCAUUUUUUUUUAACAAUCGUGUAAACACAAGCCUCGUAUUUUACGUUUAUAAUACAUUGCGGUACGAUACGUAGCACAGCACGUACCCACGUCUUACGAGUUGUGUGUGAAUUUUAACUUUAUGUAUUUAAGUGAAUACUUCAUGUGUGUUCACCAAUCCGAUUGUACUUUUCGAUUUUUAAUGAGAUUUUUAAACGGCUACGUUAGGACCAUAUCGUUUUAUUUGAUAAAAUAAGUAAUGCGCGUGGUGAUUCGAUACUUCAUAUAUCAAUGUAUGUCAGGCACGUAAAUGCACACACGAAAACGUACAAUAUAUACACGUAAAUCCGAA